ACCUGGCUGGAUUGCCGAGUGCCGACCAGCGUCGGACGGUGGCGUUCGAUUGAAAGGGGGAAAAGCGAUGGCGUCGUUGGUGAGAGGAAUCCUCAGCACGAUCAAAGAGAAGGGCGUUGGCGGAUUUAUCAAGCAUCUCCGCGACGAGGGUUACACGAAGUGUCUUUUGGAUGGAAAUCUACUGCAAACAAAGCUUCACAAUAUUGGUGCCACCCUUGUUGGAGUAGAUAAAUUUGGAAACAAAUAUUAUGAGGAUUUGACUGUCCAGCACGGAAGACACAGGUGGGUGGAAUAUGCUAAAAAAGCACGGUACAAUGCAUCCCAAGUGCCACCUGAGUGGCAUGGCUGGCUGCACCGCGUUACUGACCGCACGGGUGAUCAACUUUUGAUGCUGAAGCCUAAAAGAUACGGCGUGGAACACAGGGAAAACUUUUCCGGCGAAGGCGACGAGCUUAUAUACCACUCCAAAGGGCAUGCACUCCAUCCAGGCCAGAGGAAUUGGACCUAUUACCAGUCCUGGGAACCCACAAAACGCUAAGUUCAUCUUCUCUUCUCUCAUGGAUUGCAACAUGUGCUUGAAUUGAGCAACUUAUUAGUAGACGGUAAUUGGCUAUUGCUUAAUGCUUAUGCAUGCUAGACCACCUCCCAGUAAUAAAGUGCCAUGGAUUCUAGUUGCCAUCGGAAACAAAAGAAUUUCAAUUGAAGUUGUUUUUGCUCUGUGGCUAAUUGCCAAUUAA